AUGUUGAGGAUUACGGAGGAUGAUUUCGGUUCUGACUUUUCGGACGAUGACGACGAUGAUGAGUUUCUAGCACUGACUCUGAAACCCACGGGUAAAGCCAUAGGUGAAGCCACAGGUAUACCAACCGUUGAGAGUGGAGAUCAAAGCCAUGGCGGUGUUGUAGAUCACCAUGAUGGUAGCAAUUCUUCAGCGAUGCUUGCGGCCAAGGGGGAGAUUGCUAUUCUCCGAGCCAAGUUAGAGGAACUGAAUAAUAAGACGCACCAGGAGUAUGAAGAGAUGGUGAGGACAAAUGCACAGAAGCAACAAGAUCAGACAAGUAGGAUCGAACAACUGCAGGAGCUAGUUAAGAAGCUGGAGUCUGAGAAGAAGUUCUUAGCGGUGGAAAUGAGGAACCUUAGCCAUAAGAAGAGAAAAAGGCCACAGGAUGACUCAUUCACGCGAGUGGAGAAUGAAGGCGAAGAGAAGACCGCUACACCAGAACCUGUAACACCGGCAUCUGUGAAUACAUCCUCCACAGUCAGUGCAAACAAAACAGGACAGUCUAUAUCGGCGGCUCCUCAACAGCAGAGAUCUGAGCCCGUUAAGCUCACUCCAGUCUUCAAAGAUGAUAAUUCUCUACUGAUAGAUUCCAUAUUGGCAUACACGAUCCCCUCUACCUCAAAGCCAGUUGUUGAGAUGCUGUCAAAGGUGGCAUUAUCGUGCGAUUUUGAACUUAACGGGUUUUUAAUUCCUCAAGGAGAACCGCUGAAGGCCCAUCUGGUAGAGUUCUUACUCAGGUAUAGACCCGUGUAUCGUAUUGAUGCUUAUGUGACAAAGAUCACUCACUUCAUUUCACAACUGGCGAUCCACCUUUUCAAAGGGCAGAAGCAUUACCAAAGAUUCCCAAUACCUUAUUUGCUGGCAUUGAUACACGCAACGAUAUUGUUCAAACCAUCUACAGUGACUAAGAACACAACAACAGAGCUCAUAGAGUCGCUGUAUCCAUUUCUGAUCAAACUUCAUACGGAGAUCAAGCCCUUAGAAGUUGUGUCAGAGCAAUACAUCCGGCACAAGAGAGUAGGCGUGUCCGGAGUCCAGUUUGAAAUGGUGGACCAUUUCAUCAUGGUGUUCACCUGUGAUUUAAUCGAGUCUCUACUCAUGAUUUCCAUGAAUGACCACGAACACAUAAGGAACGUUGUGAAGUCAGCAGGGCUGUUGAAGUUUAUGAAUCAUGCUAUGAACCAAGGCUCUAAUCUUAACAUUGUCAUGAGUGUUUGUAAUUGGCUCACGUGCAUUGUGGAGGCAUACAAUGGUCAACAGAGUCCUCUGUCAGAACAUGACAUCAAGCAUUUGACUCAGAUCGUAGAGAAUGGCGUGGCGAUGAGGCAGAACUGGCUGUUCCACGGGCUGAACAGGAUCAUUGGUAACAACUUUGAAAGCCAACAAUUGGAGGCCCUUUUAGGAACUGGAGUUACCGAUUGUCCACAGGUAAUAUACUCGUUGACACCUGUCAAUCAAUUUCCACUUGAGCUUAAACAUGAGAAGCACUUAUUACAAGUACAAUCGCUUAUUGUUUCGUUAUUCACAAAGCUUAUAGUCCUGACCCCAAAUUCAAUUACACAUUUCAACGAUCGACCUGAUAUCUUCAGAUCACUGGUGUUCUCCAUUGGGAUUUUGCAGGAGCGUAUACACGCAAUUCCAAGGUCUCCAACCACGCACAUCAGAAGCGGAUUAAUAUCAUCUCUCAUUCGACUGAUACACUUAAUAUGGGAAGUAACGACAUCUGCAGGCGACACGACACCGGCUCUGACGAAGGACACGAUCCACGUCCUCAUGAUCGUACUUGCUCGUGUUGCAUUCAGUGCUAAUGAUUCGAGCAAGGAAGCUCAAAAGUUUUUGCUAACUAUGAAGCAGGAGGACACUCUAUCCCCAGUAUUCAAUCCAUGGGCAGAGCGAAGGGCACUACAACUAAUCCACAUUGACGUUACCAAGCAGGAUAAUGUACAAAAGGAUCAGAGCAAGAUUCAAAGCAUUGUUGAGGCACAAGUUGGUUUUGGUAAUGGCGUGGAAUUUGCCUAUGACGAUGACGUUGUUGAAUGUGCUCGAGACAUCUUGGAGAAAUGCACUACGAUGGAUGAAGUUGACGCCCUGUAUAUGGCUAUGAAUGUUGUUGAACCAAACCAAAGAGAUGAGGAAAUGAUAGACAUAUAA